AUGGCGGCGGUGGGCAAGGUGGCGGGAGCGGCCUACGGCCACGGCGAGAGUGGCGGCGGCGGAGGCGGCGGCUUCCUAGGGCCGCGGUUGCCGGCCGAGGUGGAGGCGAUGGCCCGCGGCCUGCAGGAAGUAGGCAAGGAGACCUUCCGCCGCCUGCUGAAAGUCACUGUGAAUGCAUUGGAAGGAAAAGACUGCAAAGAAUCAGUCAAGCUGAUUGCAGAAAGCACCGAUCUCUCUGAAGAGCAGCUUGCUUUCCUCAUUUCUGGCAUGUACACCCUUCUUCGAGAAGCACUGAGACUCCCCUUAUCGACUUUCAAACAGGAAGUUUUUAAGGAAGACCUGAAGGAGCUCAGGUAUGCCUGGAUACCAGAAGAUUUCAUCACAGACUUUUCCAGUAUUGUCUUUGGUAACAGGCGUCCUGUUUCUGAAGGCACAGGUCUGACACAAGCAAGUAGGCUGCCAAAUGUCCAGGACUUCAAGUGGAGAGUAGAUGUGGCUAUAUCCACAAGUUCACUGGCCCGUGCUCUUCAACCAUCCAUUUUAAUGCUGAUGAAGCUUUCAGAUGGGACAGCUCAUCGCUUUGAAGUACCAGUUGCAAAGUUUCAGGAGCUGAGAUACAACGUAGCCCUUAUCCUGAAGGAAAUGAAUGAUUUGGAGAAAAGAAGCAUACUGAAAAUCCAGGACUGAACGCUUCUGAGCUGGGAUGUUAGCAGAACAGAUGUGAAACCUUCAGUGAAUUUGGUGAAGGGUAAAGCGUGGGACCAUCACCACUUUGCCUGUCUUGUAACUGCCAUGUAGCAUUUAUUAUGUCUGCUGUAAAUAUUUUUUCAAUUCAAGUAUUAAAAGCACAAGCUUUUUUCUUAAGACUUAGAAAAAAAAAACAAAAAAAUAUAUUGAUAAAAAAGCAUAAUCCUAUUUGCAAGCAUUUUUUGCAUGAUUCAUCAAAACAUUUUUUAAAUAACUGUCUUAAAUGUAAGAACCAUUUCUUCCCAAUUAUGAUUCAUCACUCUAAUUAUUUUUGAAAGCCUGCUACCGGAAGCACCAUCAGUGUGUAUCAGAAGAAAGCCCUGCAACGUGUCAAAUAAAACAUACAACUACUGUUGUGUUGUAGUAUGACAAAUGUGAAUUUGCAUUUGAGUUUGGUGUAAGUAAAAUUGCUGUCUGACUUCUUGAUAAGUGACUCAAGUGUAGGUACAUAUAUUUAAAAACUAAUUUUGAAGAAAAGUGGGAGUCUGAGAAAGAAGUAUGGAUUGAGCUAAUUGAGCGGUAUUGCAAAAGAGGAAAUGUGUAAUCUGAGUCUUUACCUGGAUGAUCACUAUGCACUAAACAGGACUAAUCUUGUAGAUUUCUAAGUGGGAAUGCCUGCUUUGUUUCACGUAUUUCCCAUGUUUGUCAGCUGAAUUGUCUGAGCCUUAUUACAGGGCAGAAACCUCUGGCACGGUGAUGAUAUCCAGCAGCAGAAGACAGGAGCCUUGUAGAUCACUACAGCUAAUAUACUUCUUAGCAGCACAAGCCAGACCCCAGGAUGAGGAGGCUGUAUGCAGUCCCUGGGAUGAAAGUCAGAGGUGAAAUAUCCAUAAUCAUAUCCAAACAAUACCCAGGUCAAUAAAAUAGUCCAGAAUGGGCUGAAGGCUCCAUUGCUCCAUUUGUAAAGCUUGAAAGAGCUCCCCUAACUGGAAGCAUAUGUUUUAAGUCUCAUUUAAACUCAAUGGGACCACAAAUAUGUCCCUGAGGGUGUUGCUAAGAAGGGAUGCAUUCCUGAGUCUGUGCCUCGAAGAGUUUUCCCCCAAGAGUAAGGACAUGGAGAUUGAACAGCUAAACAGCACAGCUCAUGGGCCUUGGCACAGGGUUUCCCCACCUGUCGCAGGCAGUUGAGAACACAUAUACCACUGCCAUUGUCAAGCAUUGGAUUUUCUAGCUGCUUGCUGAGGCAGUAGUAGUGCCACCCAUGCUUCUCUUGUUCGUCUUGUGUAGAACUUGCUUUUAUUGCCCUCAUUCCUGGAGGGAAAGAAAAGAAAAAAAAGCUACUGAAUAUGACAUGGAUUCAGGAGGACUUUCACACUUCCACAGGUGUUUUUGUAGGAAAGGAUAACUUGGCUCUUGGAUUUUACAAACCACAGCAGCCACAAGAUAUUAUUGUCCUGCUUUUUAAGUUGAGUCUUCUCUGAUGGCAGUGCAUACCAACGUACCUUAACUGCUCUGUGUAGCUCACACCAAAGCAAAUAAAAACAAAUUAGCCCCUACAACUUCAAGAGGACUGCAGAUUGCAUUAAUGUGGUGUUUGCUUUUUGGUUUUGCUUUCGGAAGUUUGUUCUACUUUUUACUGGAAUCACAUUAUCACAAAGAGUGAAACAAAACAUUUUCUUGUAACUUUGCCCUUUUAAAUGAUUACAUUUAUGUGUUUUUGAGCUGGAGAAUGUACCUCCACUGAGGCUGUCAGUGAAGUCUUUCAAGACAAAUGGAACACUGUGUGAGUGUACAAUGCAUCCUACUGCUCAAGACAUCUGCACAGUACAUUUUUAUUGGGCAGCAUAGAAGAAUCAAUACGUACUUUCACGUUCUAGAUACAAUGUAUUUGAUUGGUGGUUCUCCUGUGACAGCAGUGAUAUGUGUGCACCAGAAAUGGACCUGCUUCCUGGCUGCAUGCUCGCUUUCUCUGGAAGGGAUGAUGGACCUUACAGUCUCCUUUGUCUUGCUGCACAUUAUGCAGGAGUUUGCUGUUACUGGUCGUUUACUGUGCACACUGACAGGUACUUAAACAUUUGGGCUUUUCUUAUGUACAAAAGGAGCUAAUUCAAGCGUUGGCUUUUGACAGAUGAUCUUUUCACCAAAAUGGCUGGUGAGAAUGGCUGGCAGAUAGGCCCUCACUUUUGAUAAAAUAAGCCUUCCAAUUGGUGAAGUAUUUGUUCAGCAUUGAAACAUUUUAAUUUGGUAUAAAAAUGCUCUGGAAAUUGAAUUCCACUGAACUUCACAUGGGAGCAUUGUCAUUUCAUUACAGAAUAAAAAUAACCUUCUAAAAGUC